AUAUAUGGAAGACCCCCAAAAGAGGCAGCAGAUUCUUGGUGGACAGCUCUCAUAUCCCUCCUAGGAACAUGAUGAAAAAUGUCUUUGGAAAAAUAGCUUUAUGAAGGCCACAGGAACUUUCUGUACCAGCCAGACAUGUCCGAAAGCUCCUCGGGUCAAAACACCAGCAGUCAGAUUUGUCCGUCUAGUUCGUCGUACUACUCUGACCCAAAUGAGUCACACGCUUGGUCAGCAUUGUCAAGGAACAGAACACUCCAUCCACGUUUGGAUUCUGGAAUAUCAUCCCUGCUUCCAUCAGACUCAUUUAAGUACCUCACUUGGCACGAGGUAGAACAGGACAUUCGAGGAAGUCAACUGCGUUGCCCAAGAGUAAGAGAAGGACCCUCCACAGAAGAGUUGCUCUUCAGACAGGAGGAGUGUACCUGGCCUGCUCAGAAAAGAGUCCUUGAAAAAAACAAAUGGGAAACAUGGCUACAAGAAAACUGGGAGGACUGCACGAAUUUGAACCUUUCAUUUCAGGAUUUGGGGAACCCUUAUCAAGUUGCAAAUUUUCACAGGAUUCUUAGAAGACUAAUUCGAGUCGAAACCCUCUGGUUAGUGGAUAAUUCAUUGGUGGACUUAAGUGCCAUAAGAUUGCCAAGAUGCAGAGUUUUAAAUAUGAACAAAAACCAUCUCACAUCUUUCAAACAAUUGCCAAAGAUACCUCAGAUACAGCAUUUGUCCUUGGCUGAAAACCACAUUGAGUCUCUGACCGGGCUCUCCAGUUUAUGGAGCACUCCACUGGAAUCCCUUACGCUCAAGAGGAACCCUUGUGAGUUUCACCAAAAUUACCGGAAACGAUCCUCCAAUAAGAAGAAAGCACAGUUCAAAAGAGAAAAAAAAAAUUACUGAUAAAGCUCAUAGUAGUGUUUUCCUGUUUGCCAAACUUAAAAAUGCUGGAUGGAAUCCUGAAGCUACCAGAAGAUUCUUCACCACCAGAAACCAAUAUUUUUUCAAAAAUAUGUAUUGUGUCCUAAUGCAAUCUAUGUAGAAAGCAAGCAAUCACCGUUCUCUAAAAGCUAACAAAUACAGGAGAUGCGUAACUAAAUAUUGUUGCUUACCAUAUAUAUUAUAUAUAUUUAUAUAUUGAUUUCUUUUAAACUAGUGACCUCCAGUUUUUUUUUAAUUCUAUACCCCAUCA